UGUUCUAAAAAAUAACCUAAAACCAAAUAUAACCUUAAAAUAAAAUACUCUCAACUCUUGGUAAAUGAAUGAAUUCGUACAUAAUUUUUGAUACAUGGUUAAUUGAAUGGUUGAUAUUGAAGUGUGUAAAAGUUCUCGAUCGAGUAAUAUAAAUUUACUCAAUAAAAAUGGAAGUUGAUAAGAAACAGAAAAUGAGUGUACCCGGGUUCGCAGAUAUUGAAGAUGAGGAGAAUCAGAAUCUUCCUAAGCCUAAUAAAAGUUCCAAAAAAAGCGGUGGUUUUCAGAGUUUUGGUCUCACCCAUAAUGUUUUGAAAGGGGUGCUCAAAAGAGGUUACAAAGUUCCAACCCCAAUUCAAAGAAAGACAAUACCAUUGGUACUGGAAGGCAGAGAUGUUGUUGCUAUGGCCAGGACAGGUAGUGGUAAAACUGCCUGCUUUUUGAUACCGAUGUUAGAAAAACUCAAACAGAGGAUUGCCAAAACUGGUGCAAGAGCACUAAUUUUAACACCUACGAGGGAACUGGCUCUACAGACUUUGAAAUUUAUAAAAGAUCUUGGAAAAUUUAUGGAUCUACAAGCGGCUGUAAUUUUGGGAGGAGAUUCAAUGGAUGAGCAGUUUGCUGCUAUCCAUGGAAAUCCAGACAUUAUUGUAGCUACACCUGGACGUUUCCUCCAUGUUUGUAUUGAGAUGGACUUGAAGUUGACCAGUAUUUCCUAUGUUGUUUUUGAUGAGGCCGAUAGGUUGUUUGAAAUGGGCUUAGAAGAACAAUUGUCAGAAAUAGCUUCUAAAUUACCAGACUCAAGACAGACUGUAUUGUUUUCUGCUACAUUACCCAAAGUUUUAGUUGAAUUUGCUAAAGCAGGAUUAUCAGAUCCAGUUUUGAUAAGAUUAGAUGUAGAGACUAAGAUUCCGAAAGAAUUGGAAUUAUUUUACAUCAAUGUUAGGCAUGAAGAAAGAUUGGCAUCACUCCUGGUUUUAUUAAAAUCUCUAAUUGAUUUGGAACAACAAACGAUAAUUUUUGCAGCAACCAAACAUCAUGUAGAAUAUAUACAUAUGGUACUAGAAAAAGUUGGUAUUCCAAAUAGCUAUAUUUACUCUAAUUUGGAUCCUUCAGCAAGAAAAAUACAUACUGCUAAAUUUGCUGCUGGGAAAGUCAAAGUUCUGGUAGUUACUGAUGUUGCUGCUCGUGGUAUUGAUAUUCCAAUGCUGGAUAAUGUUAUUAAUUAUAAUUUUCCAAUGAAACCAAAGCUUUUUGUUCAUAGAGUUGGAAGAUGUGCUAGAGCAGGUAGAUCAGGUAAAGCAUAUUCUUUAGUAGGACCUGAUGAAUAUGCACAUUUGUUAGAUCUCCAUCUAUUUUUGGGAACAACUGUAUCUCUUUGUACUCUACAAAAUAAGGAAGGAAAUUUAGGAAUCAUUCCCCAACAUUUGUUGGAGGACCAACAAAGUUAUCUGAUAAAUUUACAUGAAACAUAUUCUGAUUUGGUAAACAGCAGAAAAGUAUCUGAGAAUGGAUAUCAACAAUACUUGAGAACAAGACCAGUAGCUUCAACUGAAAGUAAUAAAAAGGUGAAAUAUAUACCAUUUCGGAGUUGUACUAUUCACCCACUCUUCAGAAGUUCUGGAGAAAGUAUAGAAGAGGAAAGACAAGAAAUAAUUGACAAAAUGAAGCACUAUAGGCCACAUGGUACUAUAUUUGAAAUUGUCGGAAAAACAAAGUCAGAAGAGUAUAAAACCAUGAAAACUAAACGAGCCUUACAUAAAGAUAAAAUUGUUGAACAUCAUGUAAAAAAAGAAGAAAAAUUAUCAGAGCUCAAAAUUUCUGGACAAAAACAUACAAAUACACUUGCUGACAGUAGUCAAAAUGAUAUUGAUGAGGCUUUCCACGAUGUUGUUCUACCCAAAAAGAGGAAAAUUGAAGAUUUAUACAAAAAAAAUGUUAAGAAGCCAAAAAGAGAUGAAAAUUAUAUUCCUUAUUCUUCCUCCGACAAACAUACAGAAGAUGGAUUAGCAGUUAAUAAAUUUCAAAAUGAAGCAAUGGAUGCUCAGCUUGAUAUUGUUGGUGAUUCAUCAGAAAUGAUGAGAAUGUCUAAACAAAUGAAAAAAUGGGAUCGAAAAAAGAAAAGAAUGGUUGGAGUAGAGAGUAAAACAGCUGGAAAAAUAAGAACAGAAUCAGGGGCAUGGAUACCUAAAACGUAUAAAAGUGAUAGAUAUUCCCAGUGGAAAGAAAAAACAAAAGCUGAUGAAAACAAUGAUUACGAAGAUGAAGAAGACGGGAACCAAAGUUUCAACAAAGGUCCCUCUGCUGGUUUGAGAACACAUUGGGCUAGACACAACGAAAAAGUCAAACAAAAACAAAGAAAAUCUGAACUGAAGACAACUGACGAAAUCUUGAAAGCACGUAAAAUUGCUGCUAAAAAUAAAAGAAAUAAUAUGAGAAGGGGAAAGAAAGGAAAGAGGAAAUCUAGGAAAUGAGAAAUUGAAAUGAGAAGAUUCUGAGAAAUAUAUUGGAGACUUCAAGUAUAUUUUCAUGUUAUUCAUUUCAGUCAAAAAAGUAUUGUUGAAUAAUGAAAAAAUUUUUAAUAAAAAGGAAAGGUUUAUCUAUAUUAUUUUCAAUAUUAUUUGUGAUAAUUAAAAUAACUCAAUGUCAUA